CAGCAGCUAAUUAGAGAUCAUUGUAUCGAGAUUGUUAUAGAGAGAGAGAGAAAGAGACUGACCGAUCGUGCUUAAGCUGCAACAACAAUGGCGGUUUCUCCGAGAAGUAGUGCUGCUUUCUCCACGUUUCUGAUGAUUUUGCUGCUGUUUACUGCAAUCACAAUCGCAUCUAGAGAAAUAAGAGGUUUUGAGUCGACGCGGCGAGCGCGCGCAGCAAUGGAGGAUCCUGAAUCAGUAACCGCCAUGGUUAACCUAGCAAUUCAAAAGAGUACGGAAAGGAGGAAUUUAGGAACCGUUGCAUGCGGAAGUGGAAAUCCUAUCGACGAUUGCUGGCGCUGCGACGGCAACUGGACGCUUAACCGGAAACGCCUCGCCGACUGUGCGAUUGGAUUUGGCCGGCGAGCAAUCGGAGGCCGCGACGGAAAAUUCUACACCGUUACAGACCCAAGGGACGACGAUCCGGUGAAUCCCCGGCCAGGAACUCUCCGGCACGCCUCAAUUCAGGACGAGCCGCUCUGGAUCGUGUUUGAGCGCGACAUGGUGAUCACGCUAAAGCAGGAGCUGGUAAUCAGCAGCUUCAAGACGAUCGACGGCCGCGGCGCCGACGUCCACAUCGCCAACGGCGCCUGCGUCGCGAUUUACCGAGCGACGAACGUGAUCGUCCACGGCGUCCACAUCCACGACUGCAAGCCGACGGGGAACGCUAUGGUGCGAACCUCGCCGUCGCAGUACGGAUGGCGGACGAACGUCGACGGCGACGGGAUCUCGAUCUUCGGCUCCAGCCAUAUCUGGAUCGAUCACAUCUCCCUCUCCAAAUGCUCCGACGGCUUGAUCGACGCCACGAUGGGAUCGACAGCAAUCACAAUUUCGAACAACCAUUUCAGCCAUCACAAUUCAGUCAUGCUAUUGGGGCACAGUGAUGCCUACGAAGGGGAUAGAGGAAUGCAAGUCACCAUAGCUUACAACCAUUUUGCAGAGGGAUUAACACAGAGAAUGCCAAGGUGUCGACAUGGGUAUUUCCAUGUGGUUAACAACGACUACACAUCCUGGGAAAUGUAUGCCAUUGGAGGCAGUGCAAAUCCCACCAUUAACAGUCAGGGCAACAGAUUCUUUGCUCCAAACAACCCUUUUGCCAAAGAGGUUACAAAAAGAAUCGUGGAUUCAAAUGAUCCUGAUGGAGGGAAGAACUGGAACUGGAGAUCGCAGGGCGAUCUCCUACUGAAUGGUGCUUAUUUCACCGCAUCCGGUGGCGGCACCACCGCCGCCGCCGCCGCCUACACCAAGGCCUCUAGCUUGCAAGCUAGACCUUCUUACUUAGUAAGAAACAUGACCUCAGAAGCUGGGGUGCUUCAUUGCCACAAAGGCCUACAUUGCUGA